UUCAAUGAGCGAAAAUCUUCGGUUUGCCCAAACAUUUUCUACGCUUGGGGGAAGCCCUUUAUUAACAAGUUUGUUUGGAUGUUUCCCCGUCGGAUUAAUUCAACAACCAGCAUUAACUAAUUAUGAACAAAAUAAUGAAAAAGAAAAGGGGACAAAACAAAAAAAUAAGAAAAAUGUUUACACACAAACUGAAUGGACAAAAUGGCGUGAGGACCAAUAUUCACGUAAACGUCGUUGGUCUCCAAUUAUCAACCCUUCACCAACUAACCAAAUAAAUCAAUUUAAUUUACUUCAACCUCCCCACUCUUAUGCCCUAACAGAAAUGUUUGAUGAUUGCGCUUCUGAAGCAGAAAUACGAAAUGAGAAAAAUUUUGAUUAUUACGAAAAUGAAUGUGAAACUCCUCCAAAUUAUUUUGAAUUUUAAUUUUAAAAAAUUUUAUUUU